AUGUCCAAGACGCGCCGAGGUACCACAUACGGCUUACACAGGCGUCUGGAUAGACCGACCGAACCGGUCGCACACGAAGGGGAAGGACUGCUGGCACCAGGGAUGAUGGCGAAGUCGACCACACCGACGGUCUCCCCACGGCCCGCGCGGCUCCCCAUGCCCCACCAAGUGCAAGAGGAAGAACUGCCGCUUCUCGCACUAACCUCGAUGACGUUCCCACACCCAGCAGCGGUCGGGACAAACGAUCCUAAAAGGGACGACGGCGAGGCCGGAGGGGCCGAACCAGACUCCGAGGGACUAGAGUUGCCCGGAGCCACGACACAAGUCUCCGAGGGCUACGAGAAGCCCGGAGCACCUGUUAUCGAGGGCGCUCCCAAGCCCGAUCAGGUGAUUGAUGCCCGUAAGCCGUCUACAGACGCAGGACAUGCCAACGGGCCAAUAGAGGCCGUUGGGAGGCCCAAAACUGGCGUAGGGAGGGACGCGCCGUCGCUGCCUGUGAUGAACCACGCGGCUGAAACCGGCCAUUCCGCGACGGGGAAUAUUACCGAAGCAUCGGCCGGGAUGCCGGGUGGGUACCCGAGAGCACAACACAUGGUACAUGAAGCGGGGACGGAACCGCGGCCCGAACCGACAGCCGAACCGGAGAAGAACUCAGGCGCGGGUCAGGAGGGCGUAAUAGAAGGCCGUGAAGGCUUGCUGUCGGCAACGCCCUCGCCGUCGCGUGAGGAAUAUGUGACGGCGCAGGGCCACUGGUCCAUGAGCAGAAACCGUACCCGCGAGUACAAUACACCAGCCCCUUCCAUAGAAAUGAAGUCUAAAUUUUUCCCCCGCAAUUCGCUGCUGAUCGAGUGUGAAAACGACGCAGAGGACCCGCCACUAACGAAGAGGGGGGAAACUGACGGAGACCCCGAGAGAGAAAGUGUGACAGAGGGCAGAAGAAGCCAGAAACAGUCGCGGCAACGUGAGCAAGCAGAACGUCAUAAAAUGGUGGUAAGGGAGCACCUGAGGCACGAGGAAGACAUCAAGCGCGAGGAAGACAACUACUGGAUGGAAGUAGUGUCACAGCUCGGCGAUAAGCCAAGAACUGACAGACGACCCCAACUAAACCACGCAUUUGAGUGGGAGGAACCCGGCCGCAGUGCCACGGCGGACUUCGAGGAGAUCAUUCGACGAUUCAGUGACCAAUCAGACGGCGAAGAAGAGACCACACCAAACGGAGGGCGCGCACCGGCACCACUGAGCUCGACGCCGCAUCCCAGACCGAAACAACCAAAAUCAGUACGAGUAAAUGCGGUAGCUGUAGAAAUUGAGAGCGACGAUCAGGAGGCGGUGGGCCCAUCGUUCUGGGAAAAAGGAAAAUGGCCAGAAGUCGACAUCAACCAGGUCAGACGUGAGCGUAAGGACAAGGGGACAGCAAAGGAACCGCUGGAGAAACAACGACCACACCAAGAGGUACUAGACCAGCAGGACGGGGCCACCGAUGCCGAGGCGGACGACGAAGGCGCUGGCGAGACAGGAACAAAGUCGGAGCCAGAGCCAAAGAGUGGCGUGGAUAGUCAUGAAAACCCCAAGCCAUCAACAAAAGCGAGACAGGGAGAGGCGAAGACGCCAAAACGCGCGGAAGGCCAUAAGAGCAAGCCCAAGGACACACUCAAGUCUAAGGGCGUGGCAAUAGCAGACGUGAGUGUGUCGAAACGCAAGGCGGAUAAAACAGAAAGGGAGCAUGAAAGACGAUCUGAGACCCCGAAGUACCUCGGAGGAUACCUAGCCAAGAACCACACCAUGCGGGAAUCGUCAGAAACCGAAGAGAUCGAAGUAUCUAGCGACGACGCAGCUGGGAGAACCAAGGAAACAAGGAAAGCCAGAGGAGAGGAUAGAGACUCGAAGAGGAAAAGCAAUAGACACAAGGGCAAGAGACACAAGGGACGCCCAGAACCUCCAAGCCAAUCCUCAGGCUCAUCGUCAGAAGACCAUUCAGGCUCAGGCUCGUCUGAUUCCGAAAGCUCGUCCAGCUCGUCUAGCUCGUCUAGCUCGUCUAGCUCGUCCAGCCCAUCAGAGAACAACACCAGUGACUCCGACUCGGGCAGAGCCGCGCGACGCCGUCGCAAGCGUCAAAAGGAGUCACAGAAAAAGACCCUACGAAAAUACAAAAAAUUAAUACGUGAGAUGAAGAAGCAGAAAGAAUCCCGCGACAAGGCAAUCAAGCCCAGAUCAUACAAUGGGACGGCAAACUUUGACGUAUUUGAACAGUGGGUAUUUGAGACAGACCUGUACUUACACGACACUGGGUACAAGGGGUCGGACGCGACCAGACGCGUGGGUAACUUUAUGUCGGGUCCAGCCGCAAGCUGGUAUAUGCACGAGGUGGCCACAAACCUCAGAGGGUAUAGGUCCAUGCGAAAGUUGUAUCAGGAAUUAUUUGAGAACUUCUUUCCGUAUAACUACAAGCAAACCUUGCGAGGACGAUUCCAGAAAGCGAUACAGGGUAAACGCUCGGUAAAAGCGUUCAUGCGCGAACUACGGCUGUACGAGAGAAGGCUAGGGGACCUCUCUGAACGCGAGGUACGACAGAGAUUGUGGGAAGGAGUACACCAGUACAUACGCUUGAAAUGGGCAGAGGACGGACAUAACCCGGAAGACAGCUCGCUCUCGAAGAUGAUAAAAAAAGCGCUACGCUACGAGCGGGCACACGAGAUGAUAACAGAGGAGUCUAAGAAAUCAAAGACCGACUACACCACAUCGCAACUGCCCAGACCUGACCGAGCACGCAAUUCGAGAACCAGGUCCAGGCCAGCUGAACAAGCGGGCGAGGACAGGAGGGAGACAAGGACGAAUAGACCAAAAGAAAGGGGCAUUGAGAGCAAGAGCGAAAGAUCCGAAAAGAGCGCGAGGCCAGUCCAGGGCUCAAAGUCCGAGUCAGCAACACAGGGAGCGGAGAGGAGACUAUCGCCCGAAGAAAAGGAGCAACACCGGGCCGAAGGUCGCUGCUACACGUGCGGAGUAGCCGGGCACAGGAGUCGUGACUGCCCGAAGAAAAACCAGGCUAAGCGACCAAAGAUCUCAAGCUCCGCGCUCAGACUAAAAGCCAUGGAUGACCUUGCAAGUGCGGUAGUCCGGCUGGAAUGCAACGCAGCAAAGGUGAAAACUACAAAGAUCGUAAAGGCUCAGACGACGAAAGCAAUCGAGCGAAACGCAUCAGUAGUGAGAGACGUAUCACGCGUAGUGCCGAAAACGAUCGUGGUUGAAGUGCUGAUCAACGGCAAGACGGCUAACGCGAUGCUGGACACGGGCUCACAGGCGGACUUAAUGUCGAGCACGCUCGCAGAGCAGCUGAAACUUCCGAAGUCGAAACUGGGGACCCCACUGUGCUUACAGAUGGCAGUAACGGGUUCCAAGAGCUCAAUCAAUUAUUGUACAACGGUAGAGCUACAGUACCAAGGCAUUAGGUCGCAGCGAACGUUCGACAUCGCAAACAUCGACAGCUAUGACCUAGUAUUAGGCAUGACGUUUUUACAGGAACAUCAAGUAACGAUCCGGGUGAGCCCGCCGGGCAUUGCAAUUGGAAGCGUCACGCCCAUCCCGCUUAAGCCUGGAAACAACACGGUAGUUGUAAGGUCGGCGGCCGCUGAGAUACUCGAGGAGAACCUCGAAGCGUUGCGUGAGGAGAUGCGCGAAAAAGCCGAGGACCUGUGCAAAACGGCCGGUGAAACAAGCCUGCCGCCCAUGAGAAUAAUCAAUCACCGAAUCCCCAUCAUCGACGAGUCCAAACAAUAUAGCAGGCGGGGCUCACGAGUGGCCGAGGCAUUGAGGCCGCUCUGGAUUGAGAAGCACAAGAACUACACGAACACCGGGCGGUGGAGACACAGCACCGGAACGAACGCCACGCCAAUGCUCUGUAUUCCAAAGCGGAGCAAGGAUGGGAAGACAGCCCUACGAACGGUUUUUGACCUACGCGAGCGGAACGCGAACACGCGGAAGUUAUCCUCACCGCUCCCGGAGAUCGACGACAUACUCAAUGACGUGCUAAGACAUCCGUACCGGUCACUGCUAGAUGGGAAAGACGCAUACGAGCAAAUCAGAGUCGAGCCCGACGACGUUAAGCACACAGUAUUCGUGUCGCCAAGCGGCACUAUGGAAAGCAUGGUAAUGCAACAGGGCGACUGUAACGCGGGGGCAACUUACCAAACAUUGAUGCAAGCAAUAUUCGGCAAAUACGUCGGGAAAUUCAUGCACGUGUACUUAGACGAUAUAGCUAUAUUCUCGGACACAAUACAUGAACACGUGGAGCACAUCGAGAAGGUGCUAGACGUUCUUCGCGAACAAAAGCUAUACCUGUCGCCGGGCAAGAUGCAGUUUUUCGCCGACGAGCUCCGAAUACUUGGUCAUGUAAUUGACAGAGACGGGAUACGCAUGGACCCGGACAAGGUCGAUAGCAUUGAGAAAUGGAAGACACCAACGAAUAAGGACUUACUGAUGAGCUUCAUUGGUGCUGUUGGAUACCUGGCACCAAAUUGCCCGGGGAUUCGGAUCCCGAUGGGCAUGCUGAGCAAACGAACAACGCAAACUCCCUGGUAUUGGGGCCCGUCAGACCAAAGGGCAUUCCAGGAGGUCAAGGAUAUUGUGAGCAAAUGGAGGGCGCAUCACCGGGUGGCACUGAACUACUCACCGGACGCCGAUCCAAUUUACCUGGUGACCGAUGCAAGCUUCACAGGCGCCAGCGGGUUUGUCUGCCAAGGGAAGACUUUGGAGUCUGCAAGAAUCGCCGCGUUCUGGUCGGGAAAGCUCAAACCGGCACAGCAGAACUACCCAGUACACGAGCAGGAGCUACUAGCAAUUGUGGAGUCACUGAAGCGGUUCAAGAAUUUGCUUCAUGGUGUCAGGUUCACCGUCAAGACCGAUCAUCGAGGGCUCACCUUCCUGAUGUCCCAGAAAGGAACGUCCCCUAGACAGGCCAGAUGGUUUGAUACACUUAGUCAGUUUGACUUUGAGAUUGAGUACAUACCAGGCGAAACAAAUACGUUUGCCGACGCCCUGUCGCGCAUAUACUCGAACGAACAUAAAGGCGUCCAGAGGGCUGGGUCGGAAUAUGUCAGCGACGUCGACACCGAAGAAGAGACAGAAGCCGUAGGAGUUGCCGCCAGCGUGAUCACACAACCAGUCGAAGCCGGCCCAGAAGCCGCAGUUGGGGCCGGGGAAUUCGUCGACAUACAUGCACCAGUACUCAGGCGGUCAACAAGGGCCAGAAGGGCGCCCACAAGGCUCGACCAGUCAGGAGCUGAGAAGCGCACGAGCACAAAGAAAGCCGGAAAGACAAACAGAACGGCAGAAAACACCGAGAGCAAAAAGCAACAACAGCCUGAGGUCGCGACCGGGACACUGAACCAGCCAGAACAGGCGGGAGAACAGCCGACAGCUGAGAGGGAGGAUACCAGCGGCGACGAAGGACCCUCAUAUGGAGCGUUUGCAAAAGCAAUGAUUGAGCUAGACGUCGAAGAGCUAGUACGGGGAAAAUACGGGGAGGACAACUUCUUCUCGCUGAUCCUGAGGGACCCGUCCAGCUUCCCAAAGUUUGAAAAUACGCACGACUUGAUAUUGCUGAAUGACCGGGAACGGAAACUGCUGUGCAUACCUGACGUGAGAACGGGAGAAAGAAAACUACGGGAGCGCAUAAUUGACCACGCACAUUUGUCUCUCGCACACUUAGGGCACAAGAAAACGUACGCAUACAUGCGCGAAUCAGUAUGGUGGAAAGGAAUGCACAAGGAUGUUCAAGACUUCUGCACGUCAUGCGUUGAGUGCGCGGCCGCAAAGACCAAGACGACGGCACCGUACGGCAAGUUGAUGCCGCUGACAGUUCCUACACGACCCUGGCAGGUGAUUGGUUUCGAUAUGGUGGGACCAUUACCCCUGUCAAAGAACCGCGACGCCGAGUUUGACAUGGUCGGCGUGGUGGUCGACCUACUAACGAUGAUGACACAUCUGAUGCCUAUGCGACAGACCUACAAGGCCAGAGACCUGGCCGAACUACUGUUCGACUACGUAUACAAAUUGCACGGUAUGCCCGAGGCCAUAGUGAGUGACCGGGACUCCCUAUUUACAUCACAGCUAUGGACGGGACUACAUGAAAUGACCGGUACAUCGCUGAGAAUGUCGUCUGCCUACCACCCACAAAGCGACGGAACCGUCGAACGGGCAAACAGAACUUGGGUCAGUCUGCUACGCGUUUGCAUUGACGGCGCACAAAAGAACUGGGCCAAGAAAUUACCCGGAAUUGAAUUCGCGAUCAACCAAGCAAGAGCCGAGGCAACCGGACUAUCCCCGUUCUACCUGAACUACGGUUUGACCCCGCGUCCAAUGAUCUGGAGGGGCGAGUCGCCAUACCCAGGAGUGAGAGUCACCCUACAGCGCAUCAAGGACGGCCUGCUUGCGGCACACGACGCCAUACUUGAGGCUCGCGUAGCGAGCACUCACCAGGCAAACAAGCACCGUCUGCCGGCCCCGUUCAAAGUGGGGCAACUUGCAUACAUUAGCACGAAGAACAUAUCGAUCCCUAAGGGACGGUCACGGAAACUGACCCCAAGGUACAUAGGCCCGUACACAAUAUCAAAGGUAGUCGUGGAAGGAACAACAUACGAAAUUGAACUACCGGCUGACCUGAAAGCCCGGGGGAUCCACCCGGUGUUCCACGCGUCAUUAUUGAGGAAGCACGUACCACUCGACGACCGGCGAUUCCCGGGACGAACCUUCGCACAAGUGUCGCUCCUGGGCGAGGACACGGAGGAAUGGCAGGUCGAAAGGAUAUUGGGACACCAAGGCAAGGGACCGGAGACCGAGUUCGAAAUCCGUUGGAAAACGGGGGACAGGACAUGGGAGCCGUACAGCAACGUCAAACACCUGAGCGCAUUAGAGGACUAUUUCGAGGCCCUCGGAAUAGAGAAGAUAAGUGAGCUACCAUAUGGGGAGAUCGAUAGAAGCACACCGAUUGCCAAUGAACCUGAAACGGUACGCGCUGACUCAAUUAUGGCGUACGGCCUGAGGAUAUAUGCGCAACAAGACACGCAGGCAACAAAAAAUUUGGGCCAAAAUUUCGGACGAGCGGCGCAUAAAACACACGGAGAGAAAACGAGAACGGGAGGAGCUCCCACUGACCAACCAUCACGCCCACUGUCGACCAUGAACCACUCUAGCGCUAGCAUAGCUAUAGACGGCGUUUUCUCCCCCGCACAACUCGCAACGUUUGCCGAGUUCGAUCGAGUCAUCAAGGCCGGCGAGCGAUUCGAACCGGGCGAACACGCUGUCGUCUACGGCAUGUUUUGUAGGAUCAGGGAAAAUUCUAGGGAAGCGGCGCUGACUCACCACAGCACAAACCCGUACUUCGCCGUCCACAACAACCCGAACUUCCUAUUCGGUGCCUACCCCACUGCUUACCCGAUGAACCCAUACGGACCGCCGAUGGCAACGCCCACACCACAACCGAUCUACCGUCACAGCGGCGCCCAUAUGCCCAAUCCGGGCCCAUACCCGUACGGCAAACCGAAGUCGAAGUACUGGAAACGAAGCUGGGGAGACCGAGGACCGAAGUCUGGAAGCAAGCCGUACGCAGGUCCAAGACAAGGGAUGAAAACACGCGCCGAGGAACACGCGACACCCGCCAUGAGCCAGUACAUGGAUCAACUACAAGCACAGGCCGUGGCGAACGCAUUUAGCCACCCGGACGCACUCGACAUGACCGUGGUCGGCUCGGCGCUACCCAACACAAGCGGCUACCCGUUCGCUCCCCAGGCUACGACAUGGGGUGACGCCAUGUCCAUGACCGGCACACCCCGCGCGCACUCCCCGGCUCUCACGGCGACAACUAGCGACACAGCGAGACAGGACAUACGAAUGAGCACGACAAGGGACCCCAAGAUCGCAGCACAAGUAGCCAUGCUCAACUCGAUCGAUGCCCCGGGAGGAGUAACGAAUGGCGCGAACGUACUUCACACACUGCCGGCUGUUACCGUUACUAACGCAAAGGUCGGAAGCCAAGGAGCAGUAGGAGGAGCAGGGACAGGGGGCGGAGCGGGAAAAGAAGAUCAGGACAUCGAGAUGACGGCCAAUCACACCGGAGACACGAACACUACCGAGGAGGCAGGCGGAGGCGAGGAGGCGAGCCCCGUUGUAGCUCGGGAGGGCGAGUGUUAG